AGUCUGCAGACGAUGCUGAUCUUUCCGACAACAAAACCGUGGACAAAAUCAUAUGUGUCGUCUGUGCCUUUACUGAUUGUGUUGUACUUGAAUGAUGUACACCGCUGCUUUAGGGUCCCGCUGUUACUUUAUGAUAAGAAAUGAUGUUUGGAAUAGAGGGAUAGGGAAUAACGGAACACAGCCGACCGGCGGAUCGACUGGUAAACACACAGUCGCCUGUUGUGUGUCAGAGGCAAGUCUUGUGCAGUACGGAGGCUAAUAACAAAGCUAACGGCUGCAAGAGGGAUAGGCGAGGAGACGUCCGAGUUGGAGGCAGGUGGGCCAGAGAUGGAAAAUGACACCGCACUGCUCCACAUUCAUCCGCUCGAGCGAAUGAUAGCCCCGCAGGCGAAGUAUCCUCGGAGAGAAAACGGUUUGGUUAAUGUGGUUAUAACACUGUAACGAACACCGUGAAACUACGCUGCAUUUAGCUGUCUAGUUUUUACUGUCCGGUGAUUAUUUUUGUUUAAUCACUUUGCAGAAAUGUCCUUCACAAUGGAGGAUAAUUUGGAGUCGGGAUGGGUAGCCGUCCGCCCAAAUGCGUUUGAGGAAAAGGAAAAGCAUAAAUUUGUUUUUAUAGUCGCCUGGAAUGAAGUUGAGGGUAAAUUUGCCAUUACGUGUCACAACCGGACGGUUCAAAGAAGAAGCUUUGGUAGGGAUCCUCCGCUGGAGGUGACAAGCUUAGAUGGGGACAAAACAAAAUGGCCUGAAAGUCCCGUCAGGGAUAAAGUAUCUCGUAAAGGAGCCUCAGAGGCUGCGGGUAAAGGAUGUAACACUACAUCCAAUUCCAUGUUAGCAUCAAAAACAAGUCCGGUCAGAAUCCAGACAACUAUGAAAUCAGUUGCUUUUCCCAUUGGUACAGAUACUGAGAUAUUAGUAGAGAACCAGCUGUCUCCCUCACUGGACUGUCUGGACCUGGAGGAGGUGGAGAGUCUCAGCAGAGAAGACUGUAGCUGGGCUGGGCUCUUCUCCUUUCAGGACCUCCGGGCAAUUCACCAGCAGCUUUGCUCGGUAAACUCAGUCCUGGAGCCCUGCCUCCCGGUGUUUCCAGAGGAGCCAGCCGGGAUGUGGACGGUUCUGUUCGGCUCAACAGAAGUAUCAGAGACAGAAAUGGACGAGCUGUGCUACAGCUUACAGGUGUACCUCGGUCACGCGCUCGAUACCUGUGGAUGGAAGAUCCUUUCGCAGGUUCUUUUUACGGAAAAUGACGAUCCGGAUGAGUACUAUGAGAGCCUGAGUGAGCUGAGGCAGUCCGGAUACGAAGAGUCCCUGAGCCGUGCAACAAAACAUCUACAAGAGCUGCUGGACAAGCACAAAAGCAUGGAGAGCAUGGUGGAGCUGCUGGAGCUGUAUGAGGAGGAGGACCAGGCUUAUGGGGGUCUGCUGGAGGCCUCCACACAGCUGUAUCAGUACCUGCUGCAGCCCUUCAGAGACAUGAGGGAACUAGCAAUGCUACGCAGACAGCAGAUAAAGAUUUCUAUGGAAAAUGACUACAUGGGCCCCAGGAGGAUUGAAUCUCUAAAAAAAGAGGACUCUGACUGGCAGAGGAAAGCUCAGGAGGCGGUACUCAACAUCCAGGAGUUUACUGUAAAAUACUUUGAGAUCACUGCCAGAGCACAGAAAGGAGUCUAUGAGCGUAUGAAACUGGACCAGCGAAAAUUUGGUAAAUCUUCAUGGACCACAGCGGUGGAGCGCAUGGAGCGACUACGCUACUGUGUCGCCAAGGAAACCCUACAGCUUCAGAGAGCCAGGGAGAUCAGUCUGGAGCAGAGGAAACAUACACUUCGAGAAGAGAUGCAGGGUCUAUGUAGCAGUGAGGACGCGAUGGCCCUCUUAGACCACAUGGAAACACAAUACUAUGAGCUCCAGCUCCAACUGUAUGACAUACAAGCUGAGAUACUACAGUGUGAGGAGCUGCUUCUCACAGCACAACUUGACAGCAUUCGCAGACAGAUGACAGAGCGCCAGGAUGAGGUGGUGUACUAUGACACCUUUGAAACUGCAGAUGAUAUAACAGAGGUUGAUACUUCAGAGAGAGAUGAGCUGCGCAGACUUCAGCUCAGCGCUCGGCAGCUUGAGGCAAGAAGAGGGCGUAUCACUGCCAAGCGCUCCUACCUGAGGAACAAAAAGGAGAUCUGUGUAUCCAGCCACACUGAAAAACAACAGAGACACCAAGCCACUCUCAAGGACUCUUCUCCCCACCAUGCCUUACAGCUGAAAAAUGAAGCGGAGGAAGAUGAGGAAAUGAAGAACAGCAGAGUGAGUCAGGAGAGGCAAAGAACGCUGGACAGACUACGUAGUUUUAAACAGCGGUACCCAGGUCAGGUCAUCCUAAAGUCCACUCGGCUACGCUCCGCUCACACCAGAAGAAAAGAGCGAGGUAGAAGCAUGGAAAUGAGCGACAUAAGUGAGCGGGAGGAGUGUGUGGACUCUGUCAGUGUCCAGACACAAGGCCAGCCACUGUGCCUCAGCACCAGUGUGCAGACAGAUCCCAGCACCACUCUCACCACUCAACCCGUUGCAACAUUCAGAACAUCAGCUCCUCCUUUGCCUGUACCCAGUCCUGCAGACUCCUCCUGCUCCCCCUGCUCCUUCUCCUCACUGCUGGUGUCCCCGAUCUCUCCUCCUCCCCCACCACCUCCACCACCUCCACCUCCAGCAAAAGAGGAGGUGUCACCUUCUGGGACCCCAAGCAAGCAUGAACAAAAGGCUGAGGGGAAGACCUCAGAAGAAGAGCUCACGGUCUCCCCACUUGGCCCGUUUAUUCCUCGCUUUUUUGACAGCAGCCAACUGGUGAGCGCACGAAAGAAGCUGAGAAAGACUCCAGAGUUUGACGCCCACAACAGAAGAGUGAGUUCACCCAUGGAUGAGGUGCUUGCCUCCCUGAAGAGAGGUAGCUUCCAUUUGAAGAAGGUCGACCAGCGUUCUUUGCCUCCUACUAAAGGUGACGAUGAUCCCAACAGCAUUUUGGCACAGAUUCGCAAAGGGGUCAAGCUUAGACGUGUCCCCUGUAAAGACAGAAAAGACCAGAGAGAGCUUCCUGCAUCCACUGACCCUCUCACCAGGAGCAUCCACGAGGCACUGCGUCGCAUCAAGGAGGCCUCACCAGAGUCUGACUCAGAUGAUGACGGGCUGGCAGGCCCCGACUGGGAAAGCUAGGGCUCCGUGUUCAUCAGAUAACAUCACAUAGAUCACUGCACUCUCUGACACUACAUGCACUGUACUGCACUGUGGAUUGCUGCGCUGUACUGUAAAAACACAAUUACUCACUCAUACAAGUGCACACAGCCCAGUUACACAUAUAUAUGAUGAAUAUAACAUGACCAGGGUCAUACCAAUUGUCCCUGAAUGCUACAGUUUGUUGCUUACUUUGUUAAUUUGUUUUUCACAUUACAUUUACCAUCAAGAACAUUGUCUUUGUUAUUUCUAUUGUACAUCACUGUGGUUCUAUUCCUAUAACCACACUGUAGUGAUGCCAUGUUUACUUUUUAUGUUUGAUCAAUUGUACUGUUGAAGCUCUGCACUUAACAUUGAGUAACCAUGACUGACACAAGGCUGAAACCUUUCUGCUGAAAAUUAUUAGAGCUGAUAGGUGUGCGAUCAUUUCCUUCAGUCGAGAGCAUUACAAAUAAGAAACUGCAGCAAAAGUAUGCAACAAAUACAGCUGAUAGUAUGGGGUCUUAUGGGAGAUUAAAAAAAUCAUUUGAAGAUUACACAUAGAUUUAAACUGGGAUCAUUGGAUUUACAGUCCAGAUUGUAAAUCAUUACACCAUUAAGCAUAACCACCUCUCUUUUUAUAAACCAGUCAUUUAACUAUGCCUCAUUUUUGUCCCAUCUCGUUCUCCUCCUGUCUUGUGGUUGUGUCACAGUUAAAUGGACAGCUGCAUGUCUAAUCAGACAAAUACCUAUUUUCAUUUAGUGUGUGACUUCAGAUUUAUGCCCCUCCCCCACUCCUGUUAUCUUCUGGGUUGUACCACCCCCAGCUAUCACCAUCCUCUCUGGGUGAGGGAAUAUGUAUCGACCCAUCUGUUCACCCACAACUUAUAUUGAAGCUAGUAGCGGAUAUUGUGUCCAGUAGGUUUAUCAUUGUCUGCUACAUCUCUAAUUUAAAGCUGGUCAUAGUUCGAGAGCUCAGAGUUACUGGAGUGCUUCAGUAGUCUGAGUCAAGUGUGGGCAGAUUUGGUUGGUGAUUCCCAAUCUUCAAAUGUGGGAUGGUCACAGAAAGUUGACACUAGCUGUUAAAACUAGUCACGUUUCUUCGAAUGAUGGAUGUUUUGUGGGAGGCUAGAUUUUCUCAGUGCCGACGGGAGUGACUGUAGGCUGCAGAGCAGGCGGUCGUGAUUGAUGCGGUUCCUCCUGCCAUCUUAUUCCCUUUCCCUCCUCUCCUAUAUUGCAUCUCUUCUCUGCACUCAGUGGGCAGAAGCACACAGAAGGAGGUCUGUUGCUCACAGUGCUGAAAACGUGCAUAUGCACACACCAACUCGCACACUGAAUUCACAGCCAGUAUGAGCAGAGGUAAAAUGACUCCUCUCACAGCCUCCUUUUCUUUUUUUUUUUUCAAAGAAUGCUUGAGCACUUUCUUAAUAUAUACUUUCUGAAUCACUUUAUCUGUACUGUAACAAGUUUGCUGUUUAAAUCACUGGUGAAACAUAAAACUGUAGUAGUUCAAUCUUUAAAAGCACUGAAGAGCUGAAUGAGAUGACAAGUGGGGAGCUGAGCAGCAUAAGAAUUCACAAACAUGACUUGAAGCAAAAAAAAUAUGGAUUCACUGUGUUUAACAGCUCCUCCUAUGUAUUCUUCCAUGUUUGUAUUUAAAAUCAUUCAUGGAUUAAUUUAUAGUCAGACACAAAUGUACACACAGGUAACAAACAAACAAAACUUUAAAGUGAGGGGAUUUGCUGUACUGUGGCUUGCUUUGGUGAAACGUUUCAACACAUCCAUACAAGUUUCACUGCAUGGUUUGCUGAGUAUAAAAAUAAUAUGGUUCAUAGUCCGUGGCCUUGCAGUCAUCACUCCUCAUCAUCAAAACAUCAAAUAAGGAAAUAUUUUUGGAAGAACAGUGCUCAACCCUCCAGUAGACAUUUGCAGAUGCCAGAGAACAUAGAGGCUAAUCUGAUAGCACAUGAAGUUCCCUCACCAACAACCCUUUUGUUUUUUCUUUUAAUUAGUCACUUUUCUUUAAAAAGAUUAGGCACAGGCAUAUGAUAUGACACCGCUUGAGUCAGCUCAGUGCUUGAGAGAAUUAAUUUCUCUUCCUGGAGCAAACCUGUGGCACUGGUACAUUCUACUUUAACUAUCAUUACAAUGCUCUUCCAUGGUUCACUUAUCAUGUAGCAUGAGACACUGAUCUAACCCUGACCUGACUCUCAACUUAAACCAAACAAAGACCAUACCAGACUUAACUUUGCUGUAACUGACCAGAAAAACCUUAACCAAAAGAUUUUGAAUCCAGGGUUUUGCUCAAAACUUAUAGGGAAGUGGGCUCAGAAGGUGGCACCUUUCCUCACCAGUUACUUACCUGUACCUGUAUGUUACAUUGACACAUUGUUUGUCAGCUGACUGUUAAUUUGCAGUGCAUUUUAUUUCUUUGCAUAUAUUCUGUUUUAUUUCUCCAAAGCCUUUCCAGCCAAAUCUUUUUUUUUUUUUUUGUGUGAAGAAUUUGCUUUUAUCUGGGCAAACUGACUAUGUGAUCCUUUGUGUGAAUACCAGUCGGCCUUUAAGACAAUGUGCAAUAUCAAAUUAGAGAAAUACAAGAAAAGGGAUGAAAACAUUUCCUCUGAUUGCUGAAACCAGUGGACUUAGUAAACAUUACAAUUGUUUUCACACCAUAGUGUGCUGACAAACUGUUCCAAGAAUACCCUUUUGCCUUUUGUCCUAUCAUUUUCAUUUAUUCUGAGCUUUCUUUUUUAUUUUACAACCUCACACUUAAGAUUGAAUAAAACCUUGUAAAGCAGCA